UGCUGAUCAGUGAGCUGGGAAGGCUGUCACGACCAUCUUCAUGUCAACAGUAGGGCAUGUUCAUUGGGAUCUUUAUACAUAGGCUUUGAAUGAUCCGUAGUGCCUCACAGCUUUUCCUUCUUCCUGAGUGUCGAGAGUUUCGUCCCCCUCUGUAAGUCUCAAAAAAAUGGCAAUGAUUCUUGAUGCCUUUGUGGGAAGAUCCAUUGGCAAGCUUUUAGAAUUUAUAGAGGGAGAGAUAUCCAUGGUGCUGGGCGUGAAGGAUGAGCUCAGGAAGCUUCAGAGAACGAUGGAGAGGAUAAGAGGCUUUCUCGAAUCCGCAGAGCGGAAGAGGCAUGCAGAUCGGAAUAUUAAUACAUGGGUGACGGAGUUGAAAGAUAUCAUGUAUGAUGCGGAUGAUAUCAUCGACCUCUGUAUGAUCGAGGGCAGGAGAUUGUUGGAAGAUCAUACGUCUAAAUCAGCGGUACGCCAUCCCUCAUGUUUAUUUUCUUGCUUUAGCUGUAUCAAGUCUCGGCAUGAAAUUGGUAGCAAAAUUAGAAAACUUAAUGAUAGGCUAAAAGAGAUGAAUGAGGAUAGAUCAAUAUUGUCUAAACUAGAUCACACUGAGAAAGAUGUUCAAGUGAGAGGAGUAAAUCAUCGCCAGACUUUUCCUAGUGGGGUUAAGUCCGAUAUUGUAGGGACACAAAUUGAAGAGGCUACCCAGAGUCUCGUUGAGUCGUUGAUUAAAGAAGAUAACAAAAAAUACCGAAUUUUGGGUAUCGUUGGGAUGGGUGGAAUAGGCAAGACCACUCUUGCUUCUAAUAUCUACAAUGACGAAGGGAUAAAAGAGAACUUUCCUAUACGAUUAUGGGCGUGUGUUUCUCAAGAAUUUUCAGAGAUAAAAUUGCUGAAAGCGAUAAUUGAGAGUGCAGGUGAAAAGUGUGGGGAGUUUGAAACCAAGGCGGCGCUUGUACCCUAUCUUUCCUCUAUACUUUCUAAAAUUUUUUUUAUUGUAUUAGAUGAUGUAUGGCACACAGAUGUAUGGGAACAUUUGCUUCGAUAUCCCAUUGAAAGUGCAACAGCCAGUGGCAAGAUUCUGAUUACCACUCGAAAUAGAAACGUGGCCAGAAAUAUGAGAGCAGAGAUCCACCGUGUUGAUAAAAUGGAUAAUGAUAGUGGCUGGGAAUUGCUCCACAAGAAUGUCUUUGGAGAUGAUGAUGAUGAGGAGGAGGAUAUCUCUAGAUUAAAAGAAAUUGGGGUUCAAAUUGUUGAAAAAUGUGAUGGUCUUCCUCUUGCAAUCAAAGUCAUUGCAGGGGUUUUAAGGUCGAAGGAUAGAAGCACCAUAGAAUGGAAUAAGGUUCUCAAAAGUGAUGCAUGGUCCAUGAGCCAACUUCAUGAAGAACUCCCAGGAGCUCUAUUUUUGAGUUAUGAAAACUUACCAUCUGAUCUCAAACAGUGUUUUCUUUAUUGCUCAUUGUUUCUUGAGGAUUAUAUCAUGGAUCGCGAUGAUCUUAUUCAUUACUGGGUGGUCGAAGGUUUUAUACAACCAGCACAAGAGGAUACACUUAUGGAAGAUCUAGCAGAGGACUAUUAUAUGGAGUUAAUUGGGAGGAACCUUUUACAGCCAUAUAAUGUUGAUAACUGGGGUGACCGACAUGGGAAUCUGUGCAAGAUGCAUGAUCUGCUACGUUCCCUUGCUCUAUUUUUGAUAUGUGAUGAAAGCAUUUUUCUUGGCAGCGAGCAAUCACCUAACAUAAACCCCUUGACUAAAAUUCGACGCUUGUCAAUGUGGAAUGCCGAGCAAGUCCCUGAUGCAAUAAAACAGCAAAAGUGCUUGAGGACUCUAAUGCUCCUAAGGAGUCCCAAGGAAAAGAUGAUAGAGAAUGAACUUUUUGAGAGACUGCGGUUUCUACGAAGCAUAACAAUAAACGAUGCGAGAAUUGAGAGGCUUACAGACUCUAUAGGAGAUCUUUUGCACCUGAGAUAUUUAGAUCUUGAUCGGACGAACAUCAGUAAUUUGCCAGAGUCCAUCGGAUGCCUCGUAAACCUGCAGAUAUUGAAUCUCUCGGGUUGUAGCUCUUUAUAUGCUCUCCCUAAGGCAAUCACAAAAUUGUGUAAUCUAAGAUGCCUUCGUCUUGGAGGAGGAACUCCAUUGAGUCAUGUACCAAAGGGACUGGGCAAAUUAAAACAUCUUAACCAUCUUGAAGGAUUUGUGGUUAGCCAUGAUGACAGAAGAGGCACGCAAGAUGACGAGGGGUGCGAUCUGGAGGAGCUGCAGUCUCUGCCCCAGUUGAGAUUCCUAGAGGUAAGGAGCUUGGAGAGGGCACAACCAGUGGGAGCUCCGGUACUCGCAGACACCCGCUCUCUGAGGACACUAAUUUUGACUUCCAGCCCACCAUCCGAAGAUGUGGAAGAUGCAAUUGCAACUCAAAGAAUUGAUGAGAUUUACAAUGAGCUCUCUCCUCGAUCCACCCACCUACAAAGACUUGACAUCAAUGACUUCUUGGGUACUCGAUUUCCCACCUGGAUGAUGUCACCUUCCUUGAAUGUUUCUUUUCCUAACCUGACAUCCAUAAAACUCAUUGAUUGUAAAUCAUGUCCUCAGCUUCCUCCACUGGGCUUGCUGCUCCAGCUGAAAUUCCUUUUCAUUGCUGGAGCACAUACAAUCAAAACCAUUGGACCUGAAUUUCUUGGCCCCCGUGCAUCGGCAGCAGCAGGGACAGCAUUUCCCAAGCUUGAAGAGCUGGAAUUUUGCUCGAUGAACAACUGGGAAGAAUGGUCGUUUGGUAUGGUGGAGGGGGUUGGUGAAGAAAGAAGAGGAGCCUCCAAGUUGCUGCCUCGUCUCAAGAGGCUGUUUCUUUGGUUCUGUCCCAAGCUGAGAGCUCUUCCAGAAGGACUACGGCAUGCCACCAGUUUACAGGAAUUGGUUAUCUUUGAUGCCGACAACCUAAUAGAAAUCGACAACCUUCCCGCAUUAAAGUCUCUACAUAUAGAACGGUGUCCGAGGUUGGAGCACGUGAAGAAUCUUGAUAAGUUGCAAUACCUAAAGGUCAUGGAGACAUUCGCCGCAGAUGCUGAUGGAGAGACAGAGCACCUCCCACAGUGGUUACUGGAGCUACUUCAAAAUGCACCAGCUGCUCUACAAAAUUUAAAAAGGUUUACACUAACAUGCAGCUUACCACUCCUUAAGACCUUCCUCAAGGACGGCCCCAACUGGCCCAUCAUUCAGUGGAUCCCCCACGUCAUGAUCAGCAGCGGCAAGCUUGAUAAAUUUGGCCGCUCUCAGUCAUAUAUCGAGUAUACCAAGGACCCUCCCGCCUUCAAAACCAACGUGGUGGAAUCAGAAGAAUCGGCGGAUUGAUAAAGCGUCCGGAAGCAUCCUCUCUUUUAUCGAGAUACCACUGCUCGUGCUUCCUUCUUGAUCGAGGACAGCGGAUCACUGGCUGCUCAGCAUUUUCCCUAUCUUUCGCUUCAUGUUUUCCUCCCCCCCGUUUCGUGGUUGUGUCGCUUGAUUUAAACCUUUCUGUUUGGUUUUAUUUUGCAUGCCUUCUGUAAUUUCUGUUUCCUGGUGUUUUUGAUACAUAUGUAAUUUCUGUUUCCUCUUGUUUUGAUGACAUGAUCAUUUGCUGGAGUGUAACUUUUAGAAUUUAUAUGAAAUCAAUCAACAUUUCUCUCAAA